CCCCGGCCCGGCCCGCGGGGAGCGGAGCGGCGGCGGCUGCGCACGGCGGGGCCGCCAUGAGCGACGAGCGGCUGCGCAGGGUGCGCGACCGCGUCCGGCCCUUCCCGGACUUCCCGGAGCCCGGCGUGCUGUUCCGCGAUAUCAGCCCCUUGCUGAAGGAUCCUGUGGCCUUCAGGACUUUGAUUGAUCUUCUGGAGGAUCACGUGAGGGCGUCUUUCCCGAAAAUCGACUUCAUUGUGGGCCUGGACUCCCGGGGGUUCCUCAUCGGGACCCCCCUGGCGCAGAGGCUGGGCAUCGGCUUCGUGCCUGUGCGGAAAAAGGGAAAACUGCCUGGUGCCACCGAGUGCAUCUCCUACAGCCUGGAAUAUGGCAAGGGGCAUGACCACGGAGAGUGUCCCCCACUCUGGCAGCUGAGCUGGAAAUCCAGAGCGAUGCUGUGGAGCCAGGACAGAAAGUGGUGGUUGUGGAUGACCUGCUGGCAACUGGAGGUACCAUGGGUGCUGCCUGCGAGCUGCUGAAGAGGCUGAAGGCUGAAAUCCUGGAGUGCCUGGUGAUCAUAGAGUUAAAAGCCCUGAAAGGGUCAGAAAAGCUCAAUUCCAUCCCUUUCUACUCCCUGCUGCAGUACGACUGAGGAGCAGCAGGGAGGAGGGAGCACUGGGAACAAAUCUGGGGCUUUAUGUAGUGACUGGCUGUCACAAGGGGGUGGGGAAGGGGGUUAAACACAGCUUUUGAGCAUGGCCAGGUGCUCUUCAAUCCUAAAUUUCCCAAGCACUGUGUUGAGUGUAAUGAUCCCUUUUGGAGUUGAAGAAGGAACAGGCAGAUUGACUGGGGGGAUGGAGACCAAGAUGCAGCUUCUCUGAAUGUGUGCUUUUUAGGAGACCAAAGUGACAAUAUUGCUGCUGAGGCAGGAGAGCUCUGACAGGGCACCAGCAUUCCCUGGGCUGGGCUGUCAGCCUCCAAGGAACCUGCUAAAAACUUCCCAAAGAAACACAGGAGAUGGGCAAAAAGCAAUUAUUUCUGUAAGGGACAAAUCCUGCUGUGCUGGACCUCAGGAUGGGCUGGCUGCUCUGUGCUGUCACUCACAGCAGAACAAGUUGCUCUUGCACCAGGGCUGUGCUUGUUCAGGAGAAUGAGGUGCCUGCUGUGUCCUUAAAUCAGGCUGGUGCUGCUGUGGGAUGAGCCCAGUCAGUGUUUUCCUUCCCUGGAGACCAGAGGCACCUUGUGCUCAGCAGGAAUUCCCCAUCUCCUGCACCACAUCCCACUCCUGUGCUGCUGCUCCCCCUCUGCUGGGCUGUUCUGGGCCAUCAGGCUGGUGCCAGCUCAGAGCCUGCCCUUGUGGGAGUUUGGUGCCAGGUGAGGCCACAGGAGAGGUGUUGCAGUGGUCUCAGGUGUGUGAUGGGGGUUUGGAGAUGCUUCCUCCAGCACGGUUCAGUUUGCUCACGGCUAAAUCCCGCUGUGCCAAAACUUCCACAAGCCUGAAACCACCAGGGACUGUGUCCCUGGCCCAGCAGGGACUGGACUCACGGGUAAAAUAAAUACUGAUGUAUUUUUAUGUUUCCUAA